AUGAAUUCAGUACUGGCGAACCGAGAACGCCUCGUGUUAGAGAAAUAUAUAUUAGCAGAAGAUAUUCGACUUGAGAAAAAAGCUAUACAAGAUUUAUGUAAUAAAAAUAAGGUUGAGCCGAAAGUCAAGCUUAUUGCAAACUCUCACAGACUUAAUGAUCUUGAACAUCAGGUUCUUGAAGCCUGAAGACAAAGGGAAAACCGUUCUCUUAAAAAGUCAAAAAGAAAAGAAGUCGAAAAAGCGAUGGAUAACUACUUGCUGCACCUAAAACUGCGCAAAGAAAUCAAAAAACAGGACGCAAAACUGUUAAAAAAUGAAAAGCCAGAAGGCCCAAAGGUAGAGCCGCUGCCUUAUUUAAAAAAAUUCAGACAAAAGUUCAAUAGCAGCAUGCAAGAGCCGGCUAUCGACGACAUUGAAGACGACUACAAGGCCGAGCCUUCUGUGAUGUUUGUGCACAAUAAAAAAGGGCUUCAGCUUAAGGCGAUUAACAGCUCACUAAUUAGAGACAAAAGUAACGAAAGUGGCGUUACAUGCCGACUCAGCCCAGAACUGAAAUCAAAGAAGAGAAGCAGGAAUCUUAGGUAUCCAAACAUCAGUUAA